CAGCCGAAGAGGUUUAUUUUCUUGUGGGAGGGUUCCAAAAAAGGGUUUUUUUUUAUUCAGUGUCUGAGCAGUUCCAAGCAGUUACAUAAUUUUGGAGAGAAUUUAGCAAAUUUUUUUGGCUCAAUUCUCUAACUGCUUGACACAUUCGCUAUAUUUUUUCAAAAAAUUGAGUCUUUAUAAACGAAACCGAAAAUAAACUUAACACUUCAUAGUCCACACACACUUAUCACUCAAGUAGUGAGUUACCAUGAUUUGUGUGUGAGAGAGACAGAAAAUAAGGGUUGGUUUUCGAAGCAUUGCUUUGAUAGUGUGAUAAGAUAAGAGCUAUGGAUAUUUUAGAUUGUGCAAGAAUUAUACUAGAUAGAGUUCUGAAAUUUGAUCCUGAGAAUGCUCGAAAGAUAGUCGGUUAUCUCCUUAUGCAAAAUCUCAGCGAACCAGAAAUGGCUAGAUUGGCAUCUUGCCCGGACCAUAUCAUGGUCGAUGUCAUACUUAACGUCAAAAUUCAAAUGUUCGCUGUAAAUUCAGCCAUGACUUCGACUCCGCCACCAAAUGUAGCUCCUGCGCCCCAAGGUUUAGCCUAUUUUCCGGGUUUCUCUUCGGCUUCACCACAACCCCCACCACCAACACCACGGAACUUUCAGGUUCCGUCUACCUAUUGGGAUCUACAGUCUGCGGCUGGCAAUGAAAAUCAAGAAUUUAUGGGAGUGAGUUAUCUGGAUUCGGUCACGGAACUUCAGAAACAAGCACAGAUGUUGAGUUUGGAGAAUCCUUUAGAUCAUGUGAAUACCGGACCUAGAGGUGUUUUCGUCAAUGAUUACAACAACGGCUUUGAUUCUUCUGCUGUCAAUUUUGGCGGAAGAUCUGCAAAAAGGUUUUCAAAUUCGAACCCGUCUGAAUUUCCGGUCAAGAUCUGUCACUAUUUCAGUAAAGGCCAUUGUCGGCAUGGAGGUAAUUGUCGUUAUUUUCAUGGUCAAGUUCCUCAUGAGAGUUUAUCCUCUCAAAUGCAUAUGAAUGGAAAUGGUGAUAAUACUUGUAACGAGGAUCAGGUGAUUUCGCCGCGUUCGUUAGCUCAGAUAGAGGCUGAGAUUAUUGAGCUUCUUAAGCAGAAAAGAGGUACUCCAAUGUCAAUUGCUUCGCUGCCGAUGGCAUACUUUGAGAGAUAUAAAAAGGCAUUGCAAGCUCAGGGCUAUUUAACUGAGAGCCAGCGACAUGGUAAGUCUGGUUAUAGUUUGACAAGGCUUCUCGCGCGGCUGAAUAGUAUUCGGCUAAUCGACAGACCUCAUGGACAGCAUUCGGUUAUUUUGGCGGAAGAUGCCCAUAAAUACAUUCAAACUGGAGAUUUAGUUCAGAAUAUCAGCGCUGCUCGACAACUAUAUCUGACUUUUCCAGCUGACAGCACUUUCUCCGAAGAUGAUGUCGCAAGCUAUUUCAACGAAAUUGGACCUGUUGACGAUGUUAGGAUUCCAUGUCAACAUAAAAGAAUGUUUGGAUUUGUAACAUUUGCUCAUCCCGAAACUGUUAGAAUCAUCUUGGAAAAGGGAAAUCCCCAUUUUGUUCGCGGCUCUCGGGUGCUUGUGAAACCCUACAAAGAGAACACAAGGAGAUAUCAAGAUAGAGUGGAUCACUUGCCUUGUUGUUCACGCUACUAUACAAAUGUGGAUUCUGAACUUGACCUAAUUCCAAGAGAACUCGGAAAACAUAGAUCGAUAAUGAUGAGGAGGAGACAGAUGAUGGAAGAGGCGCAAGCUUUGGAAUAUCACAAGAGAAGUCUUGAGCAGCAGCAGCAGCUUUCUCAAAGAGUUUUGCCUGUUUCAGGUUUUCCCGGGGACGGGUUUAGAGUUCUAGAUGAUCGAUUCCCUUUCCCGCCUGCAGAAGUUCUGAACGUAGCAAAGGUUGCAGAAACCGAUUCCUCUGAAGGAAGCAAUGAAGUACAAGUAAAUCAUAUCCCGAAAGUACCCCAACUCCCGGACGAGUUUCCGAUUGAAAAUAAUAAUUAAAAGUGACUCAGUUUCCGUAACAUAGAAGAAGAGAAGUAUAGAGUUUAGAACAGUGGAAGACAAAGACAACAACAACUUUCUUUUGAUACAAUAUAGUGUUUUUUUUUGGAUCUUCUUAGUCAAUUAGCAUGGUGAAGACAAGACAAUGGUGGAAUUUACAUAAUCUUACUAUACAUGUAAGAAGUUUAGUUUUUAAUAACUUAGUUAGUACUAAUAGCUUGGUUCUUUUUUUGGUCAAGUAGUUUAGUAGCAGCCUAGUGGUUGGUGGCUAGAGUUUCACCUUUUAAAGUUGAAUAAGUGGAUGUUGCGGAUUUGUCGCAGAUUUGAACCCGUGCUCUGCAUCUAAUGUUCUGCACAAUUACUAGAGUGUGUUUUUAGGUUUUUUUUUUAUAUUGAAAUAAAGCAGUUAUAUUACUUACUAAGUAACUCAUUAGUCAUUAUGAGUAACUUUCAAAACUUUAUAUGAAAUCUAUUAUAAGUAUUUUUAUAUUUGUUUUAAUACGGGUAAAUGUUAUACGAAUGGUGUUGCGGAUGUUGUGAACGCGGUGUGUGAUUUUAUUUAAUUAAAUAAUAAUAUGUUGAAUCUAAAAUGAGUGCAAAGGGAUUAGAAGU